CAAAAUCAAAGUACUGAAAGUACUGGAAAGCGUCUAUAGGUGCAAUGAAUGCCUAAUUUCCGGGCUCAUCCUUCCAAACAAUGCCACAAUGGGCAGAACUUUGAGAGCAAUAGUUGAAUAAACAGACCAUGUCAGAGUUUGAGGUGGAGACAUCUAUAUCCAGCACCAGAGAUCCGGGAUCUGAUGAGGGAAAAGAAUCUACUGAAGAGGAGUUGACCUUUGACAUCUCUGACCCUGAGGUAGAAGGUCAUCAACACAAAGUAACAGUAAAGAAAGAAAUGGCAGAUUUUGCAUCCAGAUCAGAAAGACAUCCUGUGAAAUUAAACUAUAGUGUAAAUGAAAAUAAAUUUGGGAAUUUCGAACAAUCCAUAAGUGCUUGUGCAAGUAAAGGGAUCAGUGAAUAUAACAUCUGUAUGAAAACAAUUAAUCAUCUACAUGAAUUACGGAGACACAUGAGUAUACCUACAGAUGAAAAAUCUUAUAAAUGUGAUGUGUGUGGAAAGGCUUUCAAACACCCAUAUGACAUACAGAGACACAUGAGAACACAUACAGGUGAUAGACCUUAUAACUGUGAUGUGUGUGGGAAGGCAUUCAAACUGUCACAUCACUUAAAGUAUCACAUGAGAAUACACACAGGUGAUAGACCUUAUAAAUGUGAUGUUUGUGGAAAGGCAUUCAGCCAGUUGCUGAUUUUAAAGAGUCACAUGAGCACACAUACAUUUGAAAAACUUUAUAAAUGUGAUGUUUGUGGAAAGGCAUUCAGCCAGUCACGGAUUUUAAAGAGACACGUAAGCACACAUACAGGUGAUAAACCUUAUAAAUGUGAUGUUUGUGGGAAAGCAUUCACUCAGUCAAGUACCUUACAGAGGCACAUGAGGAUACAUACAGGUGAUAAACCUUAUAAAUGUGAUGUGUGUGGGAAUGCAUUUAAACUGUCACAUCACCUACAGGAUCACAUGAGGACACAUACAGGUGAUCAACCCUAUAAAUGUGAUGUGUGUGGGAAAGCAUUCACUCAGUCAAGUACCUUACAGAGGCACAUGAGGAUACAUACAGGUGAUAAACCUUAUAAAUGUGAUGUGUGUGGAAAGACAUUCACUCAGAAAACUAUCUUACAUGCUCACAUGAGGAUAAAAACAGGUGAUAAACCUUAUAAAUGUGAUGUGUGUGGAAAGUCAUUCAAUUGUUCAAAAAACUUUAAAAGACAUUGUAAGAAACAUAGUGGUGACAAACCUUACAUAUGUGGUUUGUGUAAGAAAAUGUUCUGUGAACAAGCGGAUUUAAAGAAACACAUGAGAACACAUACAUAUGAGAACUUUAUAAUGUGAUGGAUUUAAAAAGGCA